UUGUUGAAGUGUGCGGUUGGUUCUGCGGUCGCCUAAAAAGUAUAUCAGUUUAAAUGCAAGAAAUAAUCGAAACUAGGCGCAUUGUUAAGAAAAUAAUGUGUCCGUAAUAAGUAAUUAUAAGAAACAAAAGCAAUAAUAUACUCGCCAAACGUUUUAAUUGAUAUUUAUCGGUACGGUUGCUGCCGCGUUUCAAACUCGAAAAAAACAAACGCUGAAUUAUUUUUUAAUUAGUUUUAAUUAAGCAUUACUAGCAAACAAGUAAAAACAGAAUUUCGAUUGCAGUCAGUUUUGUGUGACUUGUGAAUGAAGAAGAAGCAGCAGCAACAACAACAACUACAACAGCAGCAGCAACAUCACAACUAUAACAUCCAACAACAAAGUGAUCGUAUGGCGCGUCGUGCGCGAGAGUUUUUGUCUGCGUUUGUGUGACUUGUGUGUGCGUACGCGGGCAAGUGUGUGCGCGCGUGUGUGUGUGCGCUGGAAUGGAAUGCAGCUAUGAAAAAAAAGUAAAUAAAUAAUUGAGAGCGCGCGCCCGCGCCUUGCUAGCUGCCUCUCUCUACCAUUCGCUGAGCGAACUACGCUCGCUUAUCGUGCAUCGCGUCCGUGGAAGUAUGUUGUUGUAUAUAUGUAGUACAUUGCACAAGGCAAAGUAAUACAAAUAGCAUAAACAAGAGAAACCGAAAAGCCAAAAAAAGAGAAGAAAAAAACGCGCGCCAAGUGACAGACAAGUUUUUUUUUUGUGCCAAAAUGUCGAAUCAACAGCAGCAGCAGCCGCGACAGCAUCCACAUCCACAUCAUCAUCAUCAUCAUCCGCAUCAUCAUCAGCAGCAGCAACCUGGACAGCACAGCGAAUUCCCGCUGCCGGAGGGCUGGGACAUUGCCAGGGAUUUUGACGGCAAGACCUACUACAUAGAUCAUAUCAACAAAAAGACCACAUGGCUGGAUCCCAGAGAUCGCUACACAAAACCGCAAUCUUUUGAGGACUGUGUGGGCGAUGAGCUGCCCGUGGGCUGGGAGGAGGCGUACGACUCGAAUAUUGGACGCUACUAUAUCAACCACAUAGCACAGAGCACACAGCUGGAGGAUCCGCGCCAGGAGUGGAAGAGCGUACAGGAGCAAAUGCUCAGCGACUACUUGUCCGCGGCACAGGAUCAGCUGGAGAACAAACGCGAGAUGUACGAUGUCAAACAGCAGCGUCUCAAUCUUGCCCAGGAGGAAUACAAUCACCUGAACAAACUGGCGGCCAGUCGCAGCAGCUUAUGCUCUUCGUCUAGCUCUAUGAGCCGACACGAUCCGGAGCUGUUGCGUGCCGAUCUGAUGCUGGCGCGUGAGCGCGUGCGUCAACUGAAACAGGAGCUGACUCACAUUACCAAUGAUAUAUCCUACACGGAACGGGGCAUGAACACGCUCUACUCCGUGGGCGAGAAGAUCAAUGCGCGCAAGAAUGGCUGCUACGACAUUGCCGAGGUCCAAGCGAUACGCGAGGAGAUGCUCAAGGUGCACAAGUCUCUCGUUUCCGGCGAGAAGGUGCGCGAGGAGCUGAUGCGCAGUCUGGUGCAGAUCAAGAACGAGCUGAGCCGCCAACAGAUCAAUGAGGAGAACGCCGAGCUAAUGAGUGCCGCCUCACCCUUUGAUCGCGUAUGUGUGGCCAGCCAGACGGACUUGUGCGGCGCCGGGGAGCAUCUGAAUGGCGGAGCACGCUUCGCCGAAAUGGCCAAGACCAAGCUGCAAUAUGCAGAGUGGCGCAAGCACAUCAAGAAGCUGCAACAGCAGUUGGCGGAUCAUGUGGAGCGCAUUGAGCCCGGUCAGCUGGAGUCGGACAAGGAUCGCAUCCUGCUUAUACAGGAGAAGGAGAAGCUGCUCAACGAUCUAAACAGCAUUUCGCUCAAGUCGCGCAGUGCCGAGGAAAAACAGGUCAUACAACAGACGCGCCACAAACUGGAGGAGGAUCUGAAGGAGGCGUACGAGGCGACCAACACAUGCAUUGCGAAUCGUCUGCGGUUCCACGAGGAGAAACAACUGCUGCUGGACAAGCUGCAGGAGGCCCUGAAGUCCACCAAACUGCUGGAGGAGCGCCUCAAGUCAUUCUCCUCGGAGAGCACAUUCUCUAUUAGCAGCGGCAGCAGCCUGGGCUCCCUCUCCACCGCCAGCAGUAAGAGCGCGCUCAGCUUUACGGACAUUUAUAUAGAUCCCUUUGCCGUGGGUGAAUCGCCCAUUGAUGUAGUGGAUCUGCAGCGACGCUCGCAGCGCCUAUUCCAGCAGCAUCAGCGACUGCCACCCGUGCACCCAGCCCUGCAGCAGCAACAAACGCAGCCGCUGGCAUCCUCGGAGGUCUCACUGUCGCCGCGCAGCAGUCUCUCAAUGGAAACGCCGCCCGCCUCGCCCAUGAAAUACAAUGCGAUUGCCGAUCAGCCGCAGGCACAGGCCAAGCUCAAAGAGGAGCCAACAUAUGCCAAUGCUUUGCCCACUCUGCCGACGAUACCCGCGCCGCCCGCCUACGCAGCUCCACCUGCCAUUCCGUUGGCUUUGGCUGCUGUGCGUGCUCAUCCUUAUGACCUGGACUCCACAGUGCUGGACUGCAUGAUGCUGGAGGCAAAACUCCAGAAGCUGAACCUCGGCUCACCGCUCAAUCUGAACGGGCCGCUGUCGCCCAUCUCGGAGAAGCCUUCGCUGCUAGAUCUGCCACAAGAGAUGUUGAGUCGCUCCUCUUCCACCUCGAAUACGCGUUCCGUUUCGGCAGCUGUGAGCAAUGAAUCUGUGGCCGGCGAUUCCGGCGUCUUUGAGGCAUCCCGUGCGCAUUUGCCACGUAAGGAACUGGCCCAAGUGCAAAUUGGACUGAAAUAUCUGAAGCAGGAAGGUGUGCUUGUUGUGUCUCUAGAGCGUGCCAAUAAUUUGUCAGCCCUAUGGACAGCCACUACGGACAACUCGCAAGUUUAUUUGCGCGCCGCUUUGCUGCCCAAUUCGCUGACCUCCAUACGCACCAAGGCGCUGGGCGACUUCCAGAAGCCCGUCUUCAAUGACACCUUCGCGGUGCCCAUCUUGUUGGACAAGCUGCUGACCAAGAGCCUGCAGGUGACCGUUGUCAGCAUGACUGGACAAAAGGAGGAGAUAAUUGGCACUGUGCAGAUCAGCAUGGCCGAGUUCAAUCCGGAAGAUUCCACGCUCAAGUGGUACAAUGUGCUCAGUUCCAAGUUUAUACCGAGCUUUGAGUCACUGGAUUUGCCCUCCACAAGCGCAGCGGCAGCAGCUGCCGCCGUUGCCGCCAGCAACAACAAUAACAGCAACAUCAACAAUCGCGAAGAAUCCUCGGAUGAGUCCACAAUAACAUCAUCGCAAACCUCAACGCUAACGCGCAACCAGGCGCCGCCUUUGGAGCUGCAGGCGCAAAUAGCCGAGGAGCUGCCCGAGCAUGUCCGCCACAAUGAGCAGCAGUGCAGCGACGAUGAGGACGACGACGAUGAGGAGGAGGAUGAACAGCAGCUGGUCGGCACACUCGGCCUGACGCACUCUGGUUGCAUGCUGGACGCCUACCUGGAGAACAUGAAGCAGGAGUAUGCCGAUAAGGAAACUAAUACCGAUUGCGCGUUUCCACCAGAAAAGCUACGCAGCCAGUCGCAGCUGCUGGACGACAGGCCCGUGAAGCGUUCGCAAACGUUUACGCCCUCGGCGGCAGUCAGCAAGAAUCGUUAUAAUUGUCGGCUCAAUCGCAGCGACUCGGACUCGGCCAUGCACUUUGGCGUAACGCCACACACCUUCCAUCGCGGCGCCGUGGAGCGACGUUCGCUGCGCUUCCAACCCAAGGCGACCAAGUCAGUUACAAAACUGCAUCAUAAUCACAUACCACGCACUAGCUUGGACUUGGAGUUGGAUCUACAGGCACAGCACAGCAAGCUUUUCUUUCUCAACGAUCAAAUCUCCAAGCUGCAGAACCUCAAGGAAGUUCUUCAGAAGGCGUGCGAUAACAAGGAUCCUUUGAUUGCAGCCUGGGCCAUUGAGAAUGAGGAGUUCCAGCGUCUGGUGGCACGUGCCGAUCCCGCCAAGUUCCCCGAGGAGCGUCUGUUACAGAAACUGCUUAUGAAGACCACCAAAGAAAUACACAAGCUACGCAAGACCAAGGUGCCCAAAGGUGCCCCCGAUUUGGUCUCCUUCAAAGAGAAAAUCUCCUUCUUUACACGCAAGGGCAUGUCCGUGCCCGAGCUGCCCAUCGAAUUCAUGCAUCCCGAUGCAGAUGCCAUCGAAGAAGAGGAAGAGGACGACGAUGAUGAUGAUGAGGACAAUGUGGUUGAAACAGCCAUUGCCAUUAACACGGCUCUGGUGGCCAGCAGCAAUAGAAAUAAGAAUCUCAGUGAGCAUCACCAUCGAUCAACAGACGGCUUAUUGUCCAAACUGGCUGCCGCCCCCACUCCAGCCAUUAACCCAGCCCCUGUUUCUUCACCUAUCCCUGUGCCCGUCUCCGUUGCCGAAGCUGCGCCACUGCCCGAUGAGGCCAAGCCAGAGCAGCAACGCUUCGACUAUGUCGUUGACCGCAACUACGGCGUGGAGGUGUAGUUCCCGCUACCUGCUGGACGACGCCCCUUCCCACCUGAGCUGUAUAUUUUUGUAAUUAUUUUUAUUUUUGGUAUUUAUUUGCAUUAGGCGAAAAGUAUUUAUAUGUGUAUAAAAGAGAAACUAGAUGAAACUGAUGUAACAAAUAUCUGUGCCUUAUAGAUAAAGAGUUGGAGCAGACCAACAGCAGCAACAACAACAACAGCAACACGAAAUAUGCAAGAAAUGAUAAAAUUAUUUGUAACUGCAUAGAACUAACUAGCCCUUAAUGCAUAAUUUGUAGUACUAGUAUAGACCCAUAGUCAGUUUGUACUAAUUGACCCUGCCCAACCCCCAAAAAAUUGACACUGUACGAAAAAAACAAAGCAAAUGUCUUACAAAACUUGGCCACAAGACCCGCCAUCCGCCCCUUUAAACGCGCACAUUGCACGUUAUGAAACUGUCAAAUUCAUAUUGAAAACCAACUGUAUUCUUAAGACUUGAGCAAAUUAUACGAAUGUAGAUGAAUAUUUAUAUUUAUAUAUAUAUAUAUAUAAAUACAUAGUACAUAUAGAGACUAGUGAUAAAUUUUUAAUUAGUUUAAUCCAAACACCAACAAAACAUACAAAAAUUAAAAAUUUAAAAAAAAUAUUUAUUAUAUACAUACCCAUUACUCAGAACUGGAUGAGUGCAUACUACUCCAAUCUGUUAGUUUAAUUAGCUUGCGUUUUUGUUAAGCUCGAAACGAAUUCUACUAUUUUUUUUAUAAAAAAAACCUAUGAAAAAAAAAACAAAAAGUCCAUGUACCAUAUUAGUUAAGCGCUAUACGCCGCAUAGGUAUAGCUAAGACCGCCCCCCAACAAAAGAAAAAAAAGUUCUGUAAAGCGCGCCUGUUGAAAUUGUUAAACUAUUGCCCCGGAGCUAUGAAUUUGAUGAGAAAAUCAAAACAAACAUGAAAAUCUAAACUAUUAAGUUAAAUGUAAUUCUAGGUUAGUUUUAGUUUCUGCUUUCUCAGCUCUUUGUAAGCUUCGCUGUUGUUUUGUUAACACUAACCGCGCCCCGUCCCCGCUCCUCAAACCAACCGCCCUUUCCCCGCCAGCCAACUCAGUAAUAUAAAUAACGAAAAGAGAGCCCCACAUAUUUUUUAUAUAUAUACGUUAGUAAUUUAGCUAUAAUAAAUUAUAUGAUUGAGAACAUGUAUAUUGUAACUGUGCAAUAAACAACAAAAAAUUCUACUGACAUAA